ACAACUACCAAAGCAGUCAGAGACUGAGCACAGACUCAUCACAUCCAGUCUCUGCGAGCACACACACACAUACACACAAACAAACACACACUCGCACAGUCAGAGGAAGCACAGACCAUGGCUGCUACACUGCUAGGGGAGGAGCCCCGGUUGGGCAGCACCCCUCUGGCUAUGCUGGCUGCCACCUGUAGCAGAAUCGGUGAGCCCGGUCCUUCUUGCUCCCCUGCUCUUUCCGAUGGGGCCCCGGGGCUCGUCAGGGGCUUUCACCCGUGGAAACGGAGCGCCCCGGGUAGCAACAGCUUUGGCACCUGCCUCACCUCACUCGAGGUUCCCUCUGGGACCUCCAGGAGUAACGGGACCGGGCUGACAGAGACCUCCAGCGCUUUCUCAGUGACCACCGCCGGUUCUCCUUUUGGAAAUGAUUUUUCGAUGUACCAGACGGCUGUGCCAUCAGAUACCAGUGUUCCCGAUCCGCACGCACAGCGGUCUGUGUUUCUGGCCAAAUUCCCCCCCUCAAUGGAAAGCAUAGCGGGGAUAUACCCUAGGAUGCACUCGCAUCCCUAUGAGUCCUGGUUCAAACCUGUGGGGGAGGUUAGUAACGGGUCUUCUGCCUGGUGGGAUAUGGGUACCAGCUGGGUGGACACACAGAGCCCGGCCGGGUUAUCCUCUUCUUUGAGCGGCUACAGCACUGACUACAGCUCCGCCUUCAGCUCUGGUGCCUCUCAGCAUUUGCUCCCCGCCACGCAACACCUGUUUGACGGCUUCAGACCACCUGCCCCAGCCUCCUACUCAGAGUCCACCACGUCCAGUGCUCCUGAGCUGACAGGAGCGCCUGUAGUUUCUUUGCCGGCAUCCUCUCGCUCCUCCUCACGCCGCUACACCGGCAGAGCCACCUGUGACUGUCCCAACUGCCAGGAGGCGGAGAGCCUCGGCCAGGGGGGCGCGAGCCCGCGGCGGAGGGGUCUUCACAGUUGUCACAUCCCGGGUUGUGGUAAAGUUUAUGGUAAGACCUCCCACCUGAAGGCUCACCUGCGCUGGCACACCGGGGAGAGACCGUUUGUCUGCAACUGGCUCUUCUGCGGGAAACGCUUCACGCGCUCCGACGAGCUGCAGAGGCAUUUGCGCACGCACACCGGGGAGAAGAGAUUCGAGUGCCCGACUUGCCACAAAAGGUUCAUGCGCUCCGACCACCUGAGCAAGCACGCAAGGACGCACAGCGCGGAGGGCUCAGAGGACGGCGGGGAACCGGGACUCGGUAAGACCAGCAGCGACACGGACAAUAGCGUCUCCGGUAGCCCGAGACAGUCACCCGAGCUGCACGUGCGUGAGACUGUUUAG